UACUCUGCAAGCUUAGCCAGCGAAUGAGCGGACAGACAACAGAGCCCCAACUUCUCUCUAGGAAACAAUUAGGGUGGUGCCUAUGACAUGCCCAGGGGCCUUGUGGCUGGUCCUGGUUCCCAGAAGGCUUCUGCAGUGCACAGUCCUUCGGGGCAGCAAGCACUAUGCUCUGAUUUUUCCUGUUGCCUGGCUAGUGACCCCCUACAGGAAGAUAGUGGGUGAGCCAGGGGGCGGAGCGGCUGGCUGCACAUGUCUGGCUGCUCUUAUCAACUUAUCAUAUAAGGGAAGGAAAGUGAUUGAUUCGGAUACUGACACUGUAGACUCGGGGUAGAAACAAAGAGUCUGUGCAGACCUCUGGAGUGAGCGGGGCUGCUCCUUCCUCUGCAGGACAGCUCCCUGUGUGCCGGGGGAAAGAGAAGAGACAGCCCUGGGAGUCAAGCCUGCUUCAGGAACGGGAGGAGAAGGCUCUCACUGAUGGACUUGUUCACGCAGCACAGCCCUGUGCUCUAGACAGCAGCUGAGGGCUGAGGACGCGUACGUGCCUGCAAGUUUGCUGAGCUCACAGUUUAUAACCCAAAGAGAGAAAGAAUGUGGCAGAUUGUUUUCCUGACUCUUGGCUGUGAUCUUGUCUUGGCCUCAGCCUACAAUAACUUUCGGAAGAGUGUGGACAGCACAGGGAAAAGGCAGUACCAGGUCCAGAACGGGCCCUGCAGCUACACAUUCCUCCUGCCGGAGACCGACAGCUGCCGAUCUUCCUCCAGCCCCUACAUGUCCAAUGCCGUGCAGAGGGACGCACCCCUCGACUACGACGACUCUGUACAAAGGCUGCAGGUGCUGGAGAACAUUCUAGAGAACAACACACAGUGGCUGAUGAAGCUGGAGAACUACAUCCAGGACAACAUGAAGAAGGAGAUGGUGGAGAUCCAACAGAAUGUGGUGCAGAACCAGACGGCCGUGAUGAUAGAGAUCGGAACCAGCCUGCUGAACCAGACCGCGGCCCAAACUCGGAAACUGACUGAUGUGGAAGCCCAAGUAUUAAACCAGACGACAAGACUCGAGUUGCAGCUUCUCCAACAUUCUAUUUCUACCAACAAGUUGGAAAAGCAGAUUUUGGACCAGACCAGUGAAAUAAACAAACUACAAGAUAAGAACAGCUUCCUAGAAAAGCGAGUGCUGGACAUGGAGGACAAGCACAGUGUGCAGCUGCAGUCCAUGAAAGAGCAGAAGGAUCAGCUCCAGGUGCUCGUGUCCAAGCAGAGCUCAGUCAUCGAGGAGCUAGAGAAGAAGCUGGUGACUGCCACGGUGAACAACUCGGUCCUUCAGAAGCAGCAGCAUGACCUGAUGGAGACGGUCAACAGCCUGCUGACUAUGAUGUCAACGCCCAACUCCAAGAACUCUGGUGUUGUCCCUAAAGAAGAGCAAACCACCUUCAGAGACUGCGCCGAAGUCUUCAAGUCAGGAAUCACCACCAGUGGCAUCUACACGCUAACCUUUCCCAACUCCACAGAGGAGAUCAAGGCCUACUGUGAUAUGGACAUGACUGGAGGUGGGUGGACAGUCAUCCAACACCGGGAAGAUGGUUCCGUUGACUUCCAGAGAACAUGGAAAGAAUAUAAAGAGGGGUUCGGGAGCCCUCUGGGAGAGUACUGGCUGGGGAACGAGUUUGUCUCACAGCUGACCAAUCGGCAUCGCUAUGUGCUUAAGAUACAGCUGAAGGACUGGGAAGGCAAUGAGGCACACUCAUUGUAUGAGCACUUUUACCUCUCCAGCGAAGAAUUCAAUUACAGGAUUCACCUUACAGGACUUACAGGCACCGCAGGCAAAAUAAGCAGCAUCAGCCAGCCAGGAAGUGAUUUUAGCACAAAGGAUUCGGACAACGACAAAUGCAUCUGCAAGUGUUCCCAGAUGCUCACGGGAGGCUGGUGGUUUGAUGCUUGUGGUCCUUCCAAUUUGAAUGGACAGUACUACCCACAAAAGCAGAAUACAAAUAAGUUCAAUGGUAUUAAGUGGUACUACUGGAAGGGGUCUGGCUACUCGCUCAAGGCCACAACCAUGAUGAUUCGGCCAGCAGAUUUCUAAAUGCCUCCUAUACUACCAGAAGAGCGUACUGUGUCCAAAGAUUAACCCAAAGCACUGAGAGACACCAAUGCACAGCAGCCCUCUCCCCGUCAGGAGGUGCUCCUGGGGGUGGGGAGAACCUCUCUGUGCCAGACUGAAGCACAUCACUUAAGCCUGCACCAAUAACCAACCCAAGGAAACCCAAAGGCAACGUGGUCCGGAGAAACACCUGUGGGAAGCUGAGGCUGAGAAUCAGAGGGACAGCAUGCAGACUCUGCCACGAGGAAGAACGUUACGUGAGGGUUCAUCAGUCAAUAACUGGAAAACAGAACACUUAGAGAAGAUGACCUUGAACCACAGCCCUCUAAGCGCAGCUCAUAGAUGGUAGGAAUGUGCAAUACAGCUGUCACAAUGACAAGACUGUGUCCGUUCACACAGCAGCGAGCAUUCGGGGAUUCUAAGUACUGGUUACAGGUUAAGACCUGGAGAAGGACAGUGCAUUGCUUUCCUCUUAGGUGCUUUACAUUUUCAUUUGAAAACAACACAUUUACCUGUCUCGACGGCUUAGUCUUUAAUGGCUGGAUACUAUUUGCUAUAUGAUGAAAACACCCACAUCUCUGGGAUUACCACCAACCGGGUGCCGCCACGUUGGUGUGUGUGGAGACUGUACUAUUUUGUUUUCUGCCUGGCUGUUAAAUAUGAAGGUAUUUUUAGUAAUUAAAUAUAACUUAUUAGUUGAGGUGAUUACGUUUAA